CCCGCGCUCAAUAGUUUGAAUUCGCAUUGAUAAAAUCUUUGAUCGAUAAAACAAGAAAGAAGAGAAUUAUUACAAAAAUAAUUGUAUUCCCAAUAAUUAUUGAUGUUAAGUUUUUUAUUAUUAAUCAAAGAUUCAAUUAUUCUGAAUGAAGAUAUAAAAAAAAUUUUUAAAUAUUGAUAACACAACAAAUGUGAGGAUAUCAACCGAACAAGUAAAUAAAGAAUAGAACUUGCAUUUUUAUCCAAGAGAGGUCACUCUUAGAUGAGCGGGCUUUCACUUUGACGGUUGCCAUCGCAUCGUGCAUUCUCAGUGCGACGCUAGGUUCGGUUGGAGUAAGGGAUAGAUGAUUUGCGUUCGAUGUUCCAUGAGAACGACGUGUUCUUGUAGGUGAAUUGAACAUCGAGAUAUAGGUAGAGAAAGGAAGGAAGAGAGAAACGGGUGAAUGGUUCUAAGAAAGGAUGAAAGAAGGAAGGAUGAUGCAGACAUUAUACUGCAUAGGAGCGCCGAUUGUUCUUCGUGACCCUUCAAAAUAAAUUAUCGAAAGUUCUGAGCCAUCAAAGUGCAAGGAUUGUUCUCCUUGUGUAUUGACGUUAGUCCUUCUUAAACGGAAGGCGGAAAGUUGUCUUUAAAAGUGCAUGAGGCAAAGUUAUGACACGGUUAGAGCGAGUUAGAAGAGGUAGGAGUAAAGGCGUGCGGUGCGAUAAUAGGGACAACGGCAAGGACUGUUCCGUUUCCGUUCUCAGUUUCGCGCGGCUCGCGACUGUAGCUGCUGUUGCUACUCUUUCGUCUAAUCGUAAAAAUUCUCUGGAAAGUUGCGUUUAUCAAUUUGUGGCUUGCGAGGCAUGCGAGCCUAACGUGUUUAGCGUUACGGGGUAGGAUAGAGGUGUUUGAAGACGUCGCGGACUUGGAGAACGUGGAUCACAGUCCAUUGGACUGUGAUAGAGAGAGGUGAAAAGGAGAAAGGGGGGAGGGAGGUGGUGGUGGCGCUAGAGGAGGAGAAGGAGGAGGAGCGCGAAAGGAUGAAUGAGAAGACAGAGUGCCGAGCGCACCGAUCAAGUGCCCGACUCUGACUCUUCGUAUCUUAUAUUUGUGCUUCGUUUCUUCCAAGAACGAAGCCCAACAACAGGACGGCUACGGUUCUUUCGAAAGAGAAAGGGAGAGAGAGAGAGAGAGAAAGAGAAACGACGAAGCGAAGACGACGACCUGUGGGGCGAAGAGGGAAUGAGAGAAAGAAAGAGAUGUGGGAUCGUCGAUGUGCCUUCUUACUACCGUGUCUACUAACUUGAAUGCGUGAUUAUUCCUUUCGCCCGAGCGGCUGGCCGUCCGGCUAUCUAAAGCUACGUUCACAAGCAACGUUUUUUUACGUGGAACCGAAUCGAAACGGUUGAUGAGAACUGAUCGAAUUCGAUCGUCCAAUCAGCUGUCGGCGAGACUGGACGAACGAGAUCGAAUGAAGCUGGGAGAAGCAUGCCCUCUAAGAAGCAGUACAAUCUCGUGCAUAAUGACGAGUACGAUACACGGAUACCGCUACACAGCGAGGAGGCCUUCCACCGUGGAAUCGUCUUCCACGCCAAGUUCAUUGGUUCUAUGGAGGUACCUCGACCAACCAGCAGAGUUGAGAUCGUGGCGGCGAUGCGAAGGAUUCGGUAUGAAUUUAAGGCGAAAGGGAUCAAGAAGAAGAAAGUGACGUUGGAGGUAUCGGUCGACGGGUUGAAGGUCAUGCUCCGGAAGAAGAAAAAGAAACAGCAAUGGAUGGAAGAGAACAAACUAUAUCUCAUGCAUCACCCGAUUUACAGGAUAUUCUAUGUCUCCCACGAUAGUCACGACUUGAAAAUUUUUAGUUACAUCGCCCGUGACGGUAGCAGUAACACCUUCAAAUGUAACGUCUUCAAAUCUAGUAAAAAGAGUCAAGCAAUGAGGGUGGUGAGAACCGUGGGACAAGCCUUCGAGGUGUGCCAUAAAUUAAGUAUAAAUAAUACGAAUGAGGAUAAAGAUCGUGGGGAAAAGGAAAAGGAAAAGGAAAAAGAAAUAGAAAAGGAUCACAGCGAGAAUCAUCGUGACGUUUACGAGGAACAAGAUGAAAUUCCUAACGAGCAAUCGCAAUCUUCACCGUUGACGUUGCACAAAGACAUAUCGCUGUUAGGAGAAACAGAGGAUUCGGUUCAGGAACAAUCGUCUGUUUCUUGUCUUCUGAGAUCUCACGAUGUUCCAGCAACCACAGCUUCUACCUCACCUAUCAGACAAUCGCCAUUGGGCACGGUAGCCUCCGAUUGCGGAGGUUUAUUGGUAGGAGGCGAAUUAACUGCUCUCAAACACGAAAUUCAACUUUUACGAGAACGGUUAGAGCAGCAAAGUCAACAAACCAGAGCUGCUGUUGCUCAUGCGAAACUUCUACAGGAUCAGCUUGCAGCAGAGACUGCUGCACGCGUUGAAGCUCAGAUGCGAACGCAUCAAUUGCUGGUGCAAAACAAGGAAUUGUUGGAACACAUAGGAGCAUUGGUUGGUCAUCUCAGGGAACAAGAACGUGUAUCGAGUGGUCACAUUAAUACGCAAUCACAAAUACCUGUAUCGUCGACAACGACUCAACAGGGAUCCAACAUUCCUGAUUUACCUAAUCUUGGCCAGUGCCAACGAACUGGAGAACAAAGUUCAUCUUGGGAAUCGGAUCCAUCGGCAUUCACUUAUUGUCCUUACUCCAUGGAUUCUUUAUAUCCUGGUAGUCUCGGUGUUAUGGGAAUUCAGGGAAGCAACAGUUCUACUGAUCAAUUACAUUUCCAAGCACAACUAAUGGAGAGACUUCAUAAUAUCAGUCCAUACCAAAGUCAAAGAUCGCCUUAUGCUACGCCAUCACCAUACACGAUGCCACAUGGAUUUUUAUUAUCUCCUAAUUCCAGACCGUCGAACUCAGCACAGCUUUCACCAAGCUCAAUAUCUCUAAGAGUGUCUCAGUCCAAUAGUUUCACACCGUCACCUGUUAUGAAUCACAAAUUGGACAAUUACAGGACAACGACAAGUAUCGCCGAGAAUACGGAUAUUCAGCAAUCGUCUUUCAUUAAACCGUUACCUUGUAAUGUUAAUGAUCAAAGUUCGCCGUCAAUAGAUAACAUCAAGAUCAAGCAAGAACGUUAUUAUGGUCAAGAAGAGAUACCACCUAUAGUUUUGGAUCCACCACCACAAGGCAAACGUAUGGAUGGUAUUUCCAAAGAAAAUUUUCAAAGUACUAACAAUGACAAAAGUCAAGCUCAGAAAAAAAUUGUUGCGAUGUUACGUUCACCUGGGCCACCACCAACUCGUACAACUAGUGCUCGUCUACCACCGAGAAACGAUCUGAUGAGUCAAGUGGAACCCACUUUGUCGUUUUCUUCGCUUGGCAGAUCUUACGUUAAAUUUAUUAAAAUAAAAGACGACAAGAGAAAGGCCAGUGUUAUAAGUGAACAACAAGAAAAACAAAGGAUGAUGAGUCAAUUAGAAAUGCAGAAUAAAUCGCAUGUUGACGAGCAAGGGGAACAUGAAGAACACGAAGAAUGCGAGGAACGUGACGAAGAUUAUUCAGCAUCAGCAUCAGCCAUCAUUCUACGACGUAAUUCUUCACGACGACAAAGUAGACGCAAACGACGAACGUCUUCAACCUUUACUACCGAAAGUGAAGAGGUCAAUACAGUUCGACGGCAAUCUUCAGCAUACACAAAUAGCUCUAUCGACACAGCUAUCUCGAUUGAAGAUAGUGGCAUGCAAGAACAAGUCUUUGAAAAGCUAAAAUUACAUAAAGAAGUUUUGAGUGGUGUGAAGGAAGAACCAUGGCCUCUACGUAAAAAGAUGAAAUUAGUUCGACAGGCAAAAUUAUACGUUAGAAAACAUGAAGGUGUUCUGCAAGAAAGACUCGCUCAAAAUCGCAGCACGAAGGACAUCAUUGCUCGUAUUUCUCUUCUAAUCACAAAGAAAUGGCAAUAUUUUCGACGUGAACUGAUCAAUCUUAAGACUUGGCUUAUACCUUGGGAACUUCGUAUUAAAGAAAUAGAAUCACACUUUGGUUCAGCCGUGGCAUCGUAUUUUACAUUUCUAAGAUGGCUCUUUUGGAUCAAUUUUGUGAUUACUAUUUUGCUUACAGCAUUUGUAGUAGUACCUGAGAUGUUCAUAGCUGACGUAAAGUUCGCUGGUGAGAGAAAAAUAAUACCGAAAGAAGAAAGAAUAAGAUCUAGUCAUUUAACGACAUUAUGGAAGUUCGAGGGUAUCCUUAGAUAUUCUCCAUUUUUUUAUGGCUGGUAUACUAAUCAUGAUUCAAAGAAAGGCUAUAGACUACCACUUGCUUACUUCGUUACUAAUCUUGUCGUCUACACUUACAGCUUCGUUGUGAUAUUACGAAAAAUGGCUAAAAAUUCUCGGCAAAGUAAACUCACGGAAAAAGAAGAUGAAUGUGCUUUCUCAUGGAAACUUUUUACCGGUUGGGACUUCAUGAUUGGUAAUCCCGAGACUGCUCAUAAUCGUGUUGCAAGUAUCGUUCUUAGUUUUAAAGAGGCUCUUUUAGAAGAAGCUGAAAAAGAAAAGGAUAAAAGAAAUUGGAAAAUUAUAUUGAUGAGAAGCUUUGUCCAUAUAUCGAUCCUUUUUUUAUUAGCACUGUCAGCUUAUAUUGUAGUUGAAGUAGUAGCACGAAGUACAGAUGAAGAAGCUGAUAAAAAUUUGUGGCGUCAAAAUGAGAUCACAUUGGUGAUGUCUCUCAUUUCUUACGUUUUUCCAAUUAUUUUUGAAGUUCUUGGUCUUCUCGAAAGUUAUCAUCCUAGGAAGCAACUUCGAAGGCAAUUGGCAAGGAUAAUGCUUCUUAAUCUUUUGAAUUUGUACUCAUUAAUAUUUGCACUCUUCAAUAAAAUAAGUUACAUGAAAGAAAAAUUGAUUCAAUUAAAUCCUACGAAAAUAAAUUGUAAAUAUACACCUGUAAAAUGUGUUGGCAAUUUGAUGAAUUCCGAAUCAACUGUAACUUUAGCAUCUCUCAGCCUAGCGUUAAUGGGUAGUAUCGCUUAUGCAAAUAUCACUGAUCGGUCAAUCAAACAAGAUCAAUCUGUAGCUUCUAUACAAUACGAAGGAUUUAUCAAAGAAUUUCUAUCGAACGAUAAUAAUUUUCACAAUCUCAAUUACGGAGAUUACAAUGCCAACUCGGAAGAUUAUUACAACAGUGGCGAUUAUUCACGGAUUGAUAACGACUUCGAUAAUACUUUCAUAGACAAUAAAAUUAAUAAUACUUGGUUGAGUACAAUUAAUAAUAACGAGGAAUUACAGCCGACUAAUUCAAAUUUGUAUAUUAACGAAGAUUAUCGAAAUACUGAAAGUUUUACAGAAAAUUCGACGGAGAGUAAUUCGACCGAAGACAUAUAUGAUACAUUGAAAGAUAAUAAUAUUUAUGAAGUAUAUAAUUCUAGUUUCAACACGACGAAGGAGGUUAAUAAUUUUACGACAGAGUACAGUGUACUCAGUAUGGAAGGAAAUGACAAUGAAACGAACAUAUCAAAUGCUUCGAACGAACUGAAUGGAUCUGAUAUUUCAUUUACAGAAAAUAUAAAACAUAUCGUUAUGUGUUACGAGAGAGUUUGCACCAGUGAGACACAAGAAGAGGCACCAGUACAAAGGUUAGAUUUAAAAACACGUAAAGAGCUUCGACGUUUAUGUUGGGAAACAAUGUAUGGACAGGAACUUGCUAAAUUGACUGUUAUGGAUUUGGUAAUGACAAUUGUUUCCACACUUGGUAUGGAUUUUUUUCGAGCUGUAUUCAUACGUUGUAUGAACAAUUGUUGGUGUUGGGAUCUUGAAAAACAAUUUCCACAAUAUGGGGAUUUUAAAAUUGCCGAAAAUAUACUUCAUUUAGUGAAUAAUCAGGGCAUGGUCUGGAUGGGCAUGUUCUUCAGUCCUGGUCUGGCAGCGUUGAAUCUCCUGAAGCUAGGCAUUCUUAUGUAUUUACGUUCGUGGGCAGUGUUAACAUGCAAUGUACCUCAUGAAAUAGUUUUUCGAGCAUCCAGGUCCAAUAAUUUCUACUUUGCAUUAUUAUUGAUGAUGUUAUUUUUAUGCGUACUACCAGUUGGUUAUGCCAUAGUUCGGGUCGAACCAUCCUGGCAUUGCGGUCCAUUUUCUGGCUACUCAAGAAUCUAUAUGUUUGCAACGAAAAGCCUUAAAGAUAGUUUACCUGAGGUGAUCAAACCAUGUCUCGAUUAUAUAUCAUCAGCUAGCAUGGUAAUACCUCUAAUCGUUCUAAUGACACUAAUUAUUUACUACAUGGCUUCACUUACGGGAUCUCUCAGAGAAGCCAAUAAUGAUUUAAAGAUACAAUUACGUCAAGAACGUACGGAAAAACGACGUAAAUUAUUCAAGAUUACGGAAAAAAGACAAGAAGCUAUCGAUACGUCAAUCACUAGAUGGAAAAAAAUCUUACCAGUUUUGCCGUCAAACGAUUCUUAUACUGCGAUCGCGAUUGAAAAACUAAACGAUGUGGUAAUGCAUGAAAGGAAAUAUUCGAUCACUUUGGAAGAAGUUGGAAUUACUAAUACUGAAACUGAAUCUUUGCCACAUGACUUUAAUUUACGUCAAAAAACGUAUGAAAUUCGAAAUUUUGGCAGCGAUUCUUUAGUAUCACCGUCGAGCAAGGAUGCAAUUAUACCAGAGAUUCGAAUAAAUGAGGUCGAAGAUAAAACAAGAAAGAGUAAUUCUCAUUCAUUAAAUGAAAAAAAUCAGACCGACUGAUCAUAAAGAAGGAAUGUAAUCUAUUAUUAUAAAGUUAUCAAUAUGAUCAUCAAUCUUAAAUUGAAUUAACAUGGGCACAAUUUUGAUUAAAAUAAUAUUAAUACUGA